CAUGCUGAGUCUAUUGACAUUCAGUCUGGCUCCUGUAAUUACUUAGGUUUAGCUUCGACUCAUAUGACAUUUUCAACUUACAUUCUUUGUGAAGAACCCACUCCAGCAGUGCCGUAGGUUUAUCCAUAAUCUCAGUCAAAUAUAAACUUAUAGUGGCGCUUGGACAGCGCGCGAUUCUGACCGCGUAACCUCAAGAGAAAAAAUGGCUGCAUUAAAUCAAGAAAGGUUUACUCUGGCCACUGAUGAUACAAUAGAAGAACUGCGAAAUGGUGCAACAAAUAUCAACACCAGCAAAAGUCCGUCGUUUUGGUUAAGUGUGUGGAAGACGUAGUGCGAAGGAGUGAGCAUAGCUUUGGAUAUCGAGGAACACGGACUGGCUGAACUGAACAGAUUACUCGAGAAAUUCUACGCCGAAGUGAAGAACAAAAACGGCCAAGAUUAUGAGCCGGACAGCCUUGGAGUCAUGAUUGCUGCCCUCGACAGACAUUUGAAAGAAAAACAGUAUCCAUUGUCGAUCGCAAAAGACCGGAAAUUCCACUCGUCGAAACAGGUCUUGAAGGGAAAAGCAAAAUUACUACGACAGACCGGUCGAGGUAAGCGCCCAAACAAAGCAAGAAAUUUGACGAAAGAAGAAGAAGAAGUGCUAUGGAAGGAGAGGAAGUUCGGAAGUACAACCCAAAAGGCAUUAGUGAAAACAAUGUGGUGGAUACUUACCCAACAUUUUGGCCUCCGCGGCGGGCAAGAACAUCACGAAAUGAAAGUGGAUGACUUCCAGCUUUGCAAAGACGACAAUGGCGUGGAGUUCGUGCAGUUCACUGAAGGGCAUACCAAAACCCGACAAGGAGGCUUGCACACAAAGCUCCGCGAUUUUCAGCCACGAAUGUUUGCCAUUGGUGGAGAAAGAUGCCCAGUAGCUCUUUUUUAGCAGUUUGCGAGUCGCCGACCUCACCUGAAGACGACUGAUCCAUUUUACCUUUCCAUCAAGACAAACAGAAAGCUGGAUGACAACGUGUGGUUUAAAGUACAACCAGUGGGAGAAAACAAAAUAAAUAAUAUGAUGAAGAGCAUUGUGGCAGAUACUAUUCUUGAAAGCAGCGACAAAAAGUUCACCAACCACAGCGUUCGCAAAACAGUUGUGAGGAAAUUGAAGAAAGCGAACAUCAAGCGGUCGGGAAUUGUAAACGUAACCGGACACAAGAACAUUCAGUCAUUAGACGACUAGACGAGGCAAAUGAAGACGAACAGCGACAGCUUUCGUAUGCCAUUUUAGGGAGAAAUAACUUCAAUCUACAACCGACCGUAUACAGAGAAUUUCCUGGCGGCCAACAAGAGCCACUUGCCUCUUCAGCUCAAUUUCUUCAACCGCCGAGAGCGCGAAUGCCAUUGCAAGCGAUUUCGAUGCCCAAUUCAUCAGUGUUUGGAUUACACCAAAGUUCCACAUCGCUCAAUCCGACAAUGAUGAGAGCUCAAGAGCAAAAUCUGUUGAACACUUUCAACUACUACCAUGUUUCAUUCAACUUCAAGAGCUACAAGUCUUCAAGACAAGCCAUUCCAAGUGUAAAGCGCAUUAAGCGUCGUCGCGUCCAUAUAAUCGAG